AUGUCCUGGCCUGGUCCAAGUGAUCCCAGUGACUGUCAGAUACAUAAUGGCGCAACGAGAAACUUUGGCCUGACAGUGCCAAAUGGACAUCCCAAGAAGCAUAAAACGGCGGAAAGGUUAAAGGUUAAAUAUGACUGCGAUUUACCAAAUCUGGAAUACAUUAGCAUGUUAAUAUCACGGUUACGUGUUGCAAGAUCUCGUCCAACAACGAAUGGAAGUAAAGAUCCACUCACGCUACUUCCAUCACAUAUUGUGCUUCGUAUUAUGGCUUAUCUAGACCCAGCGAGAAAAGAAUCGACGAGGCACUGGUGGUCGAGGACCAUCACCGAUUUCUAA